GACCUCGGGCCGAGUACGACGACAUUUUAAUAUAAUAUUGCGGCGUCUUACCCCUGUAAUCGCGGCGGUCAUAAUAUAUCGUAAAUUACAGCUGACAAACUAUCGCGGACGGAUAUUUCAACGAUGAUCGUCGUCGCGGUCGGCCGUCACUGUCCAAAGUGGUUCCGUCGGUUUGGCGCGUUGUUGUCCGCUGUCGAGGAACACAUUUUCUUAGGCCGGCUUGAGAUUUUCGAGCAUUUUAAAGUUGAUAAAAAUGACCGUUUGCAGUGCGUCUCGCCGCGGGCUACAGCACGUACUAUAUCGUUUUGUCUCAUGCGAUUUGUCGUUGCACGAAAUGCCAAAGCAUAAUAUAGUGUUGUGCGCCGCCGUCUGCGGUUUUCGUCGCAAUAGUUAUAUUCCGUACUUUAGCCGUUCAUAGUAUCGACGCUCACGACAUGGACGUCUUCUCGAAAACUGGUCUGUUUCCGAAAAAACACCAUCGCUGCAUAUCUCUGGAAAGCGGACAGUCCUCGACAAAAAAAUCAUGUCUGCAGAAAACCCCGUCGGAUCCGCUGAGGUAUUUUCCACGGCGGUAUUCCACGCCGGAGCUGGCGAUGAGAAGACACGCGCUCAGACAUCAACAACGCGACGACGGCGUUCCGCCCGGACAGCUGAUAUCGAACAAAUCGUGUCAGACCGACAUCUUGGGAUUGGACAAAUACUUACAAAGGGCCAAGGGUAACGCUAGCCCGGAAAACGAUUCGGAUGCAGUGAGCUCGGAAGCAGCAGCGGCGGCGUUGAGGGCGUACAAAAAGCCAUCGAAAAGGCCAAAGGUUCGGUCGGUGGCGGUACACUGCGAGAGGCGGAGGUUGUCGUUCGCGGCUUUCAAAGGCUGCCAAAAGUUUAAGCACGUGUACAAGCGCAAAGUCUCGUUACCCCAACCGUCUUCGGCGACCACCUCGACAGACGAUGCCCGGCGCCGGGACCGCAAUGUAUUGCCAAGACUGCGGCCAGAUCGGGCGGCUGAAACGGAACGACCGGCGGCCGCCAAUAAGGUCUGCGUGGCCGUCAAACUGCCAAGGAUACCGACCAGGGAUCAGCGACCGGAAGCGGACAGGCCCGACGAUGGUGGUGGCGUAAGGACACGACUGGCCAGACUAACCAGGCCACAGUCGACGGGCAGUAGUGGAGACGGGAGUGGUGACCGGAGACUGGCGGCCGCGUACUUUCGGGCAAAAUCGGCUCCGAAAGUAUACUCGCCACGAUUUCAAGCCACAGCGCCACAAUCGUUGGACCAUGAGCCACUACAAUCGACGCCCGGGACUAGCGACACGGCUGACACAACGCUCGAUACGCCGUUCGGCCAACGACAGCCGGUUGACGCCACGUCCACGAUGACGGCCACCGAGACGGCCGGGACUAGGACAGUGUCAACGUCUACCACAUUCACCGAACCAGGAUUCCCGAUAGUGUUCAGCUGCGAGAGUGUUCUCCGGCACCCGUUGGACGGGGGUUACGUGUCACACACCGAGAGCCACCGAUUCAGUGUGCACUACGUGUCGGCCGAUGCAGCCCGGUCAUCGGUGACGGCCACGUCGGACACCGAUGUAGAAAGCGGCCCAUCUUUGGUGUUCACGUCAGGUGGUGGGUGCCAAGACGAACGUUGCCUGACUGGCGAAUCGGUAUCAGUCACUCUAGGCGGCAAACCGGACGACCCGGUGGCAUCAACGUCCACUACUGGCGUGGCCGGAGAACGGCGUCUGGUGGUCGAACGCUGCACCGACGUACGUCGGUCAAAGAACGACGUGGCGGCCGACCGUGGUACAGGCGAUAAGGCAACCGACCACGGUACCGUCGAUACGGCCACAAAACAAGGUACCAUCGAGACGGCCACCAAACAAGGUAAUACCGAGACGGUCACCAAACAAGGUAAUACCGAGACGGCCACCAAACAAGGUAAUACCGAGAUGGCUACCGAUCGAGGUACCAGCGAGACGGCCACUGACAGUGGAACGUGUGAAAUGACAGCCACUGACGACGAUGACCAAACCUUUAGCGAACCACCACCGUCACCGCAGUCACCGCCGACGAGCUCGUCUCCUUCGUCGUCUUCGUCGGUUCGGUACUGUUGGCCGGUGAACGAAAACCGCAACCCAGGGACCAAUAACGCAGAGGAAGCGGGCACAGAAAAGCUGGGAAACGGCGAACACGACGCCGUACAAAAGACCGAAGAAUUUUACGUUUCGGGAAAAGGCGACGGUGCAAACGCGUUAAAAAAGGCUGCAUCACCGGCGGCAGUCAAUAAAAGUAUUGAUACUUUGGGCGAAGCAGGCGGGGGGGAGGAGGGCGAUGAGCUCGAAUUGCACGCACGCACGGACGAUGUUGACGACGACAUGCCAUUACAAUCCAACGAACGAAAUUAUGAGCGGUUGACACAAAACCAUCAAAUAAUAGAAUCCAGCCGUACCGUUUCGAAUCAGUCGCCGAAACCCGACGACACGGAAUCGGUGCUGGUGGGUCGACAAAACGAUUUGGGCCCAAUAGAAAGUCAUAAUACGCACGCAAACGUUGUCGAGCCUAUUGCAGCGGAGCAUCGAGGCACGACAAACGAAACCACUGCUACAGAACAGCAGCAAUCAAUCGCGGACAACCUUCUCACGGUCCCGUCGGAUCGUCGUCUGCAAUCUGACGAGGAUCCGGCCGUGGCAGAGAUCAUGGCGUCUCGACGUCGAAACGAUUUGCAACGCUCUGAGUCGUCCGGAAGACGUGAGGUUGCGGGUGCAAUGGACAGGAAUCCUCGCACAGGUCUACGCGAAAACGGACAAACUGUGCAAUCGAACAGACCGCAAAUGGAAUCUAUCAAGCGCAACAUGCCCAACAGACUCGACGACAAUAUGAGCCGCAAACGAGGCGAUGACAGGGACGCAGAUUCUCGUUACCCCGUACAUCGUCAGCUACACGGAUCGUCGUCGGGCUCGACACCUGCCCAGCACUCGAACGCGACCGAUCGCGGAUAUGCAAACACGAUGGAGACUACGGCCGUGCCAUCGAACGCAGUGAACGACCACUUGCAACACAGCUACGAACCUUUCGGAAAGCGGACGAACGGACUUCAAGACGGUGGCAGACGUGUCCGUGAGCAGGAUGUAACGACGAACGACUGUAAGGGAUGUGCUUAUGGGGUCGCGAAAAAAAACGUAGAGGGAAGGUCUGAAGUAUAUGACGCCGACAGCCACGACCGCAACGGUGGACACUCGUACGACGUUGGGAAGAAACGGAAUCCGGUGUCGAAACGGAGGUUGGAAUCUGUGGACGAGGUGACGGAAACUUCGAAGCAGCAGCAGCAACAGAAGCAACAGGAGUCCAACUACGUAGGAGGGUGUCUGUUCGGCGAUUCGUUCAACCGCAGCAAAAAACCUUCGCAAAGGUACGGAGAACGCGCCGAGUACGGUCGCGGGUACUAUGAUAGCGAUUCGAAAAAAGUCAACUUCUCGUCGAAACCCGACUGCCGGUACGAUUACUAUCGCAGCGAACAUGCUCCCAAGACUGGAGGUCACAGCCCUAGGGACGAGGACUGUACAGUUUUCGCGGACCGCGGGUCCCAUCAUGGCUCGACGGCGCAGCUUCCUUACUACUCGCACCUGGACUGCAAACGUACGUACGGUGGCAGUGGCGAUAGGAAAUGCACUACAGACAUCACCGACGAUGAUGACGACGACGACGACGACGAUGAGAGUCUCACGGACAGCCUGGAAGACGGGUGUAAGUAUGAGGGAACGGCCGUGUCGUAUUUCCUUGCGCUCGACGGUCAAAAGUCUGCGGUUACGUUCACUCUGAAGAUGCCCGGCACGCUGGAGAGCCGACUUAACCGGCGCCAGAGUCUGCUCAAGAAGCACCUGCACGUGUCAACGACUGUCCGGAAAUCGGUGGCCGCGGUACGGGUUCGCACCCGGCACAAGGGGUGCCAGACACUGUGGACCGUCGAGAAGGGGGUACAGGUGCAGCGGGGCUCCACGGCCAACAUGGACGACCGCAGGGCACUGGAGACGCUUCUGGCCGGGCUGGGACGCAGCCACGUGUCCGAGAACCAGAUCCGGCUUGUCGGCGGCCGGAAGAUGGUGUCAGAGGGCAACCAGACAGAACACCCGCCCGCAAACCGGCACACCCAGACGACUAGGGACGUGGCAGCGGGUCGGGAAACUCCCGAGUGCUGUUCCGUGGCCGGGAGGCAGGGCAAGAACCAGACGCUUGCGAUGAAAAAAUUUUCCGCUGACAACGCUCUGAUGGUGGGCGUGGUCAGACAAAACAAGUACUGCAAGGGAAAAGAAGCUUUGGAAGGUGCCAAAAACGAUCAACUGCUCACGCUGUCCAAGGGUUGGAUCAACUUUUAUACUCUCAGGGCCGACAGUGCGGACGUGGAAGCACAAGUAGAAUUUAACGAUAACGACGACGAGGUCAAAGCCGAGGACAACAGCCAACAAUACACUGUACACGUGCAAGCCAUCCCAGAACCCGCGGUGACAUUGCCCGUAGUUCACGUUCCUCAUCGAAAUAAUAAUCUGCAAGUGCCGAAGACAUGUAGCACUACAGCCAAACAUUUACCAAAACUCGUGCAGACAGAGACCAAUAACAAUCAUCAUUGUCCAGCGCAUUUAGCAACAGCAAAUGGUUGGUGUGUAAGUGUGGAUGGUCCAAACAACAUGCACAUGAAGGUUUCAUUACUACCCGAUAAGGCAGGCAUAAAAACAUCUGAACAUUAUGACCUCAAUGACGAAAAUAAACUAGAUGCCAGGAGAUUAGCUUUGCAAAGGAAGACCAACUACACGCGCAAACCUUAUAGAAAUAUGAAAAGAACACAAUCAACGCCUAGGGACAUGUUCUCAGCAGACGUUUCACGAACAGAGUCUGCCUUGUCGGCCGAGAGCAAAUACAUUGAGACAAUUGACACACAACUUCUAAUCCACAAGGCUCGAAGGCGUUUAAGUCAGGAAUGGGACACGAGAAUUCAAAAUAGAGGUUUAACUGAAUCAGUUCAGUUAGUCGUUACAGGAGAUUCGGUUUCCAGCAGAACAUCUCAACAUUAUGCAACUAGAGGACAUCAACAUUGCUCAUUCAGAAGACAAUCAAGAAGAAUUUAAUAUACCUAACAUUUUUUAUAAAUUAAUUAUAAUAAUAAUUACUAUUUUAUACAAGUAGGUGAAUUAGUGACUAACUAGAAAAACUUAUAAUUAUUCACAAUUACACAUUUUUACAUAAUUCUAACUUUAUAAAUUGUCUUAAGAAUUUAAGAUGUUUCAUUAAAUACAUUAUUGUAUUGUUAUUAUUCUUAGACUGAAUGUAUUUCACAUAGAAGCAAUAACUAAAAUUUUAUUGUAGUGUUAAAAAUAAUAAAAUUAUUGUAUGUUUUGUGAAAAUGUA